AUGCGCGACACAUACCUUACAGUUUCCGAAGUCAGGAUUCCUCCUAUCCCCAUCGAGUCCUAUUCGUACCUCAAUGCGAAAUCCGAUGCGAUUGGCUGGGCGCCCCUACCUAAUGGAGAGAUGAUUGAGGAGCCUCCCGGAUGGGCGCACGGCGGUGUCGCGCCUGCUGGGCCUGCCUACGAAGGGCAGCCAGCCAGGGAAGAGAAUGUGAUCAUACUGUGGGAAGCCGGCUGUGGCGCCAUCGAGCUCUAUCCUGGCCAGGUAUCGCUCGAGAGACUUGAAGACCAGCGCAACUGCACACAGGCCUGUCUUGAUGUCUUGACCGGCCCACUAAUCACGUGGGGACAACCGAAUUCUACUUGGACGCUACAGAACUGCAUGUUGUUGCCUAUUCUGUCCGCAGCUUUGGCCUUCGGUGGACUGGUGGAAAGCACGCCGGGCAUCGUCGAAAAGUACGGGAUCGAACCGGUCAGCAAUGUCGCACUUCUCGAUCAGUACGCCAUAGUGACAUCGGGUGUGGCAGAGCUACAGGUAGUGCUGGAGUAUGCUAACACGUACUGGCCAGUCAUGGACAAUUGUCUUCAAGCCUUCUGUAGAGCGAAGAUUGGUCUGAGCUGCCAGGCGAACAUGAUGAACACCACCUAUAGCUUAGGCGAUGCCCAUCCGGCGCUGAUCAUGGUCGAGCUCUACGACAAUUGGCCAGUCAUGUGCUUUGGGUUUGAUGAGCCUCCAAAUGCUGACAUUGCAGGCACCGGUGCAGGUCAUUUCAUGUGGGGAUGUAUUGACUCUCACUAA